AUGCCUCCCAGGUAUCUCACGAGCAUGAUGAAGACGGGGAGGAUCAAGCGCGUCAAGGCUCUCACGCGGCAGUGGAUCUCCAGCAACGGCACCCACCCCUCGCCUGACGACUUCCUGAACCUCCUCAAGCUCGCAUCGCCCAGCAGAAUCCCGCUGGUGCAGGAAGUGAUCUGGAUCUAUGAGAGCUCCGAGAGCCUCGAGGUCGAGGAUGGGGAGAGGAUGCUGGUGGAAGCUGUCCUCCUCUACCUCCUCCACGUCGAGGGGCUGCAAGACAUACUGCGAAGUGUCGACAAGCAUCUCCGUCCUCCUCGCCGACUUGGCGUGACAGCAGAGACGCUCAAGGCCAUCCUGCAGGACAUCACGGAGGAGCCUGUCAGCGACGAGGCGGUGGAGGCUGCGCAUGGGAUGUACCGCGAGCAGCAGCAGGAGGAGCCGUCGGCUCCAGACCCUCCCGCCCUCGCCCGCGCCGUGUCUGCGACCUUGUACCUGAGGUACAGGAAGGAAAUCUGGUCGUCCCGCUACAGCAGGGAGGCGACGGCCUUCAGGCGGGGACAGCUUUACGUGGAGGGCUGGCUAGCGAGAAUGCGCGGGUUCGUGAAGAAGUCGCUGAGACAGCAGAAGCCAAAGUCCAAGUUCCUCCUGCAGGCCUCCAGCAGCGUGCGGCAGCAGUCGACGGAGAAGUACGGGGUCACGGGGAUCUGGGCAGGAAGGCAGCCGAUGGAGGUGAGAGGGCCGGAAGGGGAAGCAAUCGUCUUGUGCGACUGCGGCUGCGGCGUCUCAGCUCCGGCCGCAAGCUUCUACUGGCGCCUCACGCGAUGCCCUCGGGAUGGCCCCUCGCAGGAGUUCCUCGACUCCUUCCAACUCUCUGAGAUCGAGUCAGGUCAUCGCUUCCUCGUCCGCCAGUACCAGCCCUCCGCCCUCAUCCGCACCUGA